CCGUGGGGGGAGUAAGAGCAGCCACCAAUCCAAGCGGUUCGCUGGUUCAAGUCGCGCCUGCAUCAGCAACAGCAGCGACAAUGGUUUCUCUUUCACUUUCGUUAACUAGUUAGUAUGUCAGCAGUGUUAUUGCUGCGAGAAUGGACCAGACGUUUUAAAGCGAAAGAUUUGAUGCUGAAAUCGAUAGUGUGAUGUAGAUUGAGUGAAUACCCACGAAGCUUAUCUUGUGCAACAUGUGGAAUUGAUUACGGAAUUGCAAAACAGAAAAUGAAAACAGAUGGAUUUGCUCCACUUCCGCAGUGAAUAGCAUCGCUUCGCCAUUUCACUAUCGAUUGUACCACAUUCCAAAAAUUCAUGAAAAGUUGUGAACCGUGAAAGCAGACAGGAUGGGCUUCAUAAUAAAAAUAUUACGUAACAUGAAAAUUCCACGCUGGUCCACACUUUGGCCCGUACUCUUCUAUCUUAUUUUCAUCACCUGCAUAUUGAUGUUAGCAUUCCCCUUCAACUCCACUACUGGUGCAAUGAAGAAAAAAAAUGAUGGGAACGGUGUGAACAAAAAGAGCAGCAUAAACUCUGAAUGGUACAUCGUAGAUGCAAAUGCGCGGCGAGAAUUAACAGCCGCUUUCAAUAAAGCAGAUACCAAUGGAGACAAAUAUUUAUCGAUGCAAGAGCUAGCCAAAUAUAUCAAUUUUAAGAUACGGGACCACAUUGACAAUGCCAUACGCAACAAUCCAACCACAUUUGUGGAAAUCGACCUAAAACCACGGGAUGGACUGAUCAGUUGGGAUGAAUAUCAAAUAUAUGCCCUUCGUGAUUAUGGCAUCAGCGAAACACAUCUUGUGAAGCCAAUACUCGAAACAUUGGACCGAAAAGUGAAGGGGUCGUUGGUACGCGAUAAAGCUCUCUGGUUUGAGGCGGCGCGUACCGACCCACUGAGCCUGACACUUGACGAGUUCCUAGCGUUUCGUCAUCCUGAAUCCAGUCCGGUGAACCUUCUGAACUUGGUAGAUGAUAUACUACGCCAGUUCGAUUCGGACGGGGAUGAUCGGCUCACGGCAGCCGAAUUUUCCGACGUGCUACCAAUUGGAGUUGCCGAUGCCAGCAGCAGGAAGCUUAUACUCUCGCAAAGUGAACGCGAGCGGAAGGAGGAAUUCACCAAAAUAAUAGAUAAAAAUAAGGAUGGAAAAGCUGACCGAGGGGAGUUGCUGUCCUACGUUGAUCCGCGACAUCCGAGAUAUGCCAUCCAGGAGGCAUCGACCCUCUUUAGUCUGGCAGAUAAAGACGGAGACAGGAGACUAACCCUACAAGAGAUUGUCGCCAAAUCAUCAAUUUUCAUUUCCUCCAAAAUGAUAAAUACGGCCGAAAGUUUCCAUGACGAGUUUUAAACCAAAUGGACCGUUGCAGUAGAUUAAUUGAUUCAAAUGAAUGUGAUAUUAUUACGUAUUAUAAAAAAAUCUUACAAGAUAGUGCACAAAUAGAAUCGUAAACUUCGUUUCCAAAUGUUUAUUUUACAUCGAACAUAUGGUCGGUGUUAAGUCACACCAGAAUUUAUUGAUUUCGAGAAAAACGAGUUUAAAGUUAUUUUUUUAUGUUUUGCGACUUAGUCCGGUCUGACUUAACACCCACCAUAUAUCCCUACUAAGUUUUUUUACAUUACUAGCAAAUUUGUUUAAGACUGCACCCCAAUCAAAUCCGAUAACGAUAGCUGAGUACUGAAUUGGGUCAUUAAAUGAAGAAUAAAAUGCUCCUUUUAUUU